AUGACCAAGUUACCAGAAGGACUAAAAAAGAGAAAAAAGGAGCGAGAAGCCCAACAAAUUAAUACACAGUGCCAGUGUGACUCUGCCUUGAAAGAAGUCAAACUGUCUGAGAUACUGUCAGCUUCCAGUGUCUGGAAGAAGCAACAUGAUAGAGUGGUUGAAGGAAAUACAAGGUUAGAAAUUCAAACAGAAGAUCUUAAGAAGCAGAUCACAAGGCUUUUGGAAGAACUGAAAAGAAAGGAGGAAUGGAGAAGAAACUCAGAUGAGGAGAUCCUUGGAAAGCUAAAUGCUGUUGAUUCUGAAAAUGAAAAGAUUUACCUUGAAAAUGAAAAAUUAAAGGCUUCCCUUGUCACAUUGGAAAGCAAUACUGUUUCUGUUGGAAAUGAGCUGCAAAAUCUUCAAGAAAAGGCAAAACUGCAGGAAAACCUUGUUGAAUAAUAUAAAAAUCAGGUACAAGAAUUACAAACAGCAGUAGAAGAACUGAAAUCCAGAUAUGCAACAGUCUUAAAUGAAAACAAAAGAAUAAUAGAAGACAAAAGCUUGGAAGUAGAUCAGGUGAGGGACAAUGUGGAGCCUGAGUUAAAGGAGUUAGAACAUGGUUUUGAGUUGCUGAAAGCACCUGAGGAAAAGCAGCAAUCCUCUCAGAAAAAGCUUGUAUGGGAAAGGAUCCAUGCACACAAAUGCAAAACCCUUAGGGAGCUGCAGGUUCAGGAGGAAUGCAGUGCAACUUGUGUGGGCAGUCAUUCCUCAGAAGAGGAAAACUGUAACACUGAGGAGAAAUAUGAAGAUCUUAAAAGGCAAUUAGAAAAGAUGGAGAUUGAACAUAAAGAACUUGCUUGUCAGCUCCAAAAGGAAGAUGAGAGUCUGCAGUGCAGUCAGUUGCAGCUUGAAGAGAAAAUUGCAGAAUAUAAUGGAUUAACCAGACAACUGGAAUCGGCUUUGGAGGAAGAGAGAAAAAUGGUGGCUGAAGAACUGGAAAAGAUGUCAUGCAGAGAACAAGCCCUUCGGACGAAGAUGCGGUUUCUUGAGGCUGAAGUGAGAGAGGGGCAAGAAAAGAAAACCCAACUCCUCUGCAUAUUUCACCACAACAAAAAAUGCCAUGAAGUACAUCUGAAGGAGCUGGAGAACACUCAGAAGUCGGAGAACAAGAGCCAGAGCAUGCAGAAUCACGUGCAGCUCCUGAGAGCUUCCUACACCAUCACGUUUGGCUGAAUUCUGGAUUGGAUUCCCAAGGUUUGGCUCUCGGCCUUGCUGCAGGCAGGGCAGACUGCAGGACAGCAGCGAUAGGUGUGUAAGGGCAGGCUGUGUGCACAGAGCUGUGCGGUGCUCUGUGCAUUUACUGUGCGUUAGGUCCUGUGCUCUAAAACCUUGCGUGUAUCCUUUAGCCCAUGGUAAAAACAGGGGAUCACAGACUGCCCUUCAGUUCACGUCGGGGAAAAGAGCAGCCAUGGGUGGGUUGCACAGGACUUUGCCUGUUUUAGUUAUUAGUAGUUAGAUGAUAUUCAUCAGACCUCACACUUCUGUAACUGUAGAAAUCCGGUUGCCCAAGAUAAUGACACCUGUCCUGUUACGAGAGACAAGAAUCUAAGGAGCAUUCGGUUCCCUUCCUUUCUUUUCCCUGUAGCUCAGCACCAAUGCAGCAUGCAUGGCUGCUCUGCAGGAGAUGGAAGCCAUCACAAGGCUGCCCCAUCCAGCCUUUUUCCCACACAUCCCAUUAUGGCCUGGAGUACACUGUAGUGAUAUUUUGCAAAUAGAAGUAAGAAAGUAUUUCAGAUACAGAUGGACUUUGAGCUCUGAAUGUGCUGAUGGAGCCUUUCACAGGGGCACAGCUGCAGUCAGGUACUGAAGUGUUUGUGUACAAGAACUGCUGUCACUGAAGUCAGACUGACUUAACUCUCGGGUUGCACCCAUGUUAACUAUUCAGCUGAUACAGGGCUAAUACAAAACCCAGUUCUCACUGAGAAAGUCACUGAUUUAUAGACAUGCUGGGAGAUGUUUGUCAAAAAGUAGUACUUUCAGUUCAAAAUAAGCAAUUUAGAACGUGUAUUUAUCUGGUUUUUGACUGGAAAUGUAAGUUAGCUCAUGCACGGACACUUCCUGUUCGUUAAAUGUAGCAUUUCAUUGGUAGUUACAAUGUGUAGAAUGUUGAUGUGUUUUUCUUUCUUUGCAAUACUUCUCCAUCCUGACAAAUACUGAUCUGUGUUAAUGAGAUGCCUGUGUGCACU